AGUGUCACAGCAGCACCAUCAGAGGAGCACCCGGGAGACACGGGAGCUGUCGUGUUGUUUAUUCCACACAAAAUAUAACUUUUCUCUAAAAUGUCGGGAUUGGACAGCAACCCCUUCGUGGACCCAGUGGACAUAAAUCCUUUCCAGGAUGCUUCGAUCACACAGGCCACAAGCGGAGCCUCCAAAAACGUUGAGGAUUACAACCCGUUCUCUGCAACCGAAAUGGGAACCUACUCUGAAACAACCAUCCCCAUCUCUGCUGCCUCCUCUCAACCCGCCAUCCUGCCGACCUCUGUGGAGCAGAGCGCACAAGCAAGUGCAGCUACUGGCCAGGCAAACCUGAUCAAACAGCAGGAGGAGCUGGAGAAGAAGGCAGCUGAGCUGGAUCGGAAGGAGAAGGAGCUGCAGAACAGGAGCCCCGGCAGAGCGCUCAAUACUGGCAAUAAAGAGAACAACUGGCCACCUCUUCCCAAGAUCUUCCCCGUGAAGCCCUGCUUUUAUCAGGACUUUGACGAGGAAAUCCCUGAUGAAUACCGCAGGAUCUGCAAGAGGAUGUACUACCUCUGGAUGUUCCACAGUGCCACUCUCUUCCUCAACGUGCUCGCCUGCCUGGCUUACUUCACCGCAGACUCUCAGUACGGCGUCGACUUCGGCCUCUCCAUCCUCUGGUUCAUCCUCUUCACCCCUGUGUCGUUCAUCUGCUGGUACAGGCCCGUCUACAAGGCCUUCAGGUCCGACAGCUCCUUCAGCUUCUUUUUCUUCUUUUUUGUCUUUUUCUUCCAAGUGGCGGUGUACAUCAUCCAGACUGUGGGGAUCCCCAAGUGGGGAAACAGCGGAUGGAUCUCAUCCAUCAGCAUGAUCGGAAAAAACUUGGCUGUUGCUGUGGUCAUGAUGGUGGUGGCCGGAUUUUUCACUGUAAACGCUGUCCUGGCCGUCAUCCUCCUGAAAAUGGUCCACUCUAAAUACAGAAAUACAGGUGCCAGCUUCACCAAGGCCCAGCAGGAGUUCUCCACCGGAGUCAUGACCAACCGAACGGUCCAGACUGCUGCAGCCAGCGCUGCCUCUUCUGCUGUCUUUGGCUCAAACCAGGGGAAUUAGACUGCUUCCCCACAUCCCUCCUGCCUCAGGCUAGUCUCUCCUCUGACCAACAAAGCCAUGUCCCAACAUACUUCAAUGGGUUUAGGCGAUAUGUUUUUUUUUUUUUAUUAUUAUUUAAUAUAAAGGGCCAAAAACAAGUAACUUAUGAUGAGGGAAAGUCUUCUCAGCCUCAUGAAGUGUCUCCAUUCUCCACUUUUAACACUGAAGAAGUUCUUAUACAACCAUGUAAUGACUUGCACAUAUCUCGGCUGUUAUUGAACUCUGUACCACCCUCAUCAGUAUGAAGUAUAAUCAAAAGUUAUUCUGGGAAAUGUAGGAAGGAAUUAGAAAGCCGAAGUUGAAUGAAACAAGUCAAAGAAGGAGGCAGAGUGGGUACGACAAUGAAAAACGAAUUGGCAACACCUCAUCGCAGUGUAACUAACUGGAAUACAAGAAAUGUAAAGGGGGCUGGAGUUUAGUGAUAAAGUACAUUUAUUUAAAUCCUGUCAGUUUUAAAUACGUGGGCGGAGAGUAUUAGGAUUAUUCUAUCUCACAGUUCAUGUAGGAAUAACAUACGGGGGCCUCAAAGAUAAACACUGCGAAAAGUUUGGAUUAUAUAAAAAGCUUACUUGACAUGAGAAUGUUUCACCAUCAUUGACUGAUGGAUCCACGUAAUGUAUGUAUACAUAUUUUUGUCUUAACAGCAGCAUGUAGAUUGUUACAAGGUCACCAGUCUACUAUUCUGCCUUAUAAAUAAUUAAAAAUACAUACAGUACACUUUGUAAUAAUGAACGCGCUGUAAAUUCAUCAUGUUACUGUCUUAACACUACUGAUGAACACAGUUGCUGCUUGAAUUUUGCUCUAAAUUCUAUGUUUUUAAUGUGUAUAAUACUGUAUAGGAUGAGGAUUAAUGAAGGUGACGGGAUGAAGGUUUUUUGUUUUAUUUAAUUUACAGAUUUAGAUUUAGAUUGAGACAAAAACCUCUUCUUAGGACAAAUGAAGACGUGUUUUAGGGUGAACAGGGUACGAAUUUUAACUUAUAGAUAUCGCUAUGAAACUUUCCCUGGUUUAUUACUUACAUUAAGGCAGUAAUUUUUUUUGUAUGACAAGUUUUAUGAAAUUGUAUGUUUAAAGAUGCAAAUUAGGCAUUAUCUUAUUAAAUAUGUGCUGUUUGCAGAACCUAGGGAUUUUACAUAUUUCCUUUUAUCACUACAAUACAACAGGCAUAAAAACAAAUAAAUCAGGCUAUAAAUCAUACAUGAACAAAGCCCUUUUUAAGCAUAAUGUUUUGUAAAAUUAUAUACAUUUUGUAAGACAGGUCAAUGAGGUUAACAUUUUAAACUAUCAGAAAUCACCAUGAAACUUUCCAAGGUGAUUUCUUAAAUUAACGAUUAUUCUUUUGCAUUAAAAGUUUUCUUAAAUGUUUAAAUAUGUAAAUGAGGCAUUAUCUUAUGC